UUGCAUUUGCUUUUUAAAAAUCUUAUCUCUUGUUAAUUUAUCGUUGAGUGCCCAACAUGAGCAGGUGCAUGUCUUGCGAGGCCAUAUCCGAGGGAUAUGAUGCCGCCACGUGCAAGCAGCGCCACGAGGUCCUCAAGGCCAAGGUCGCUUUUCUCACGACGUCCCAGCCGGCUUCCUUCCCCGACGUCCUUCUGUUUGCCACUGACGAUGGCUCUGCCGACAUCGCCGAGCCCCUUAUACCCGUUCCGGCCCAUAAAGCCGUUUUGGUGAGCCGUUCUCCAGUGUUCAAAGCCAUGCUUGAGAAUGAGAUGGAAGAAAGCCAGAGCGGCACCAUUAAGAUCGGCGAUGUGACCUACGACGCCCUUUGUGCCUUUGUCAACUACCUGUACACAGCUGAGGUAUCCCUUGACCAGCAAUUGGCCUCUGAUCUGCUUGUAAUGGCUGAAAAAUACCAGGUGCAGCAUCUCAAAGACUACUGCCAGAAAUUCUUGGUGUCCAACCUCAACUGGGACAAUAUACUCCCAACCUACACCUUUGCGCACCAGCAUAACGCUAAGCCGAUCAUCGACGCUGCCUUGAGGGUGAUCACAGCCAACAUGGACAAGCUCACUGCCCUGGAGGAGUACGCGGAGCUGAAGGAGAGACAUCCAGGACUUGUAUUGGAAAUCUAUGAAGCUCAUUUCAGUCGUGCAGCAGCAGUCCGUGAUCACUCUUCAUUUUCCUGUGUACGCAGGGCUUCUUCUAGGUCUCGUCGUUUCACUAUUGCGCGAGGAGAAAUUGGAAACCAACCCCAAGUUUCAACAACUUCUUCAACGGGCUUCAUUGCGCCAUAGGUUUUUUAAAGAGGGAAAUACUGUAUAAAAAUUAUGUGUUUGUUUAAGGAUUUCUUUUGCUUUUUA